AAAUAAUUUGUAAAUAAAUAUUUCCUUCAAAAAACGUUACUAUGUAAACGAAAUUACUUCUCGAAAUUGUUCUAUAAAAUCAACCUAAACAUAAGAAAUAUUUCCGACACGAUGAGUAUUAUUAUUGGACUAACAACAAUAGUAGAUAAAUAUCCACACCGAAUCAUCUACUCCGUAAAAUCAAAAAGUACAACUAUCGAGUAGUGAAGAACGAACGUGAAAAAAUGUUGCCAACAAACAAAGAGCCUGAGAAGUUGUCAAUAGUGGAUAGUCUGCAAGGACACAUCGGGAACGUAGAGAGAUUUCUGGAAACGUCAUCAUCUGCUGAAAGGGCUUCAAAUCUCAACUUCCCAUCUCAAAUUAUCGUUACAAGCUUCCCGACUACGAUUCGGUUGAAGUAUGGAUGCUUCCACAAAUUUUUUAUGAAAAUUGGGACCUUCUUGUGUGUCGCCUGCUGUUUCGUUGCCUUACAGGGUAUGGUUGUCAGUGGUUUCGUAAGUGUCUGUCUAUCAACGCUGGAACGAAGGUUUAAAUUCAGCAGCACAGAAAGUGGAAUAAUUGCCAUGGGAUACGACCUGGCAUCGAUAAUUUGUUUAGUACCGGUCUCGUUUUACGGGGGAUUGGGUCACAAACCGCGCUGGAUUGCUGUAGGGGCGUUAGUUAUGGGAGUAGGUUCUUUAGUGUUUUCGUCCCCAAAUCUUCUUGUCGGUCCUUACUUUUACGACACGCGGAAAGAUCCGAGCAUGUUGUGCUUGGAUUCGGCUCCUGUCAAUCGAUCAGGCACGAUGGAAAAAUACGAAUGCUCCUACCAAGCGACCACCUCAAGCUCCAUAUACAUCGUAAUUUUCAUGCUGGGUCACAUGCUCCACGGGGCAGGCAGCACCCCCCUCUUUACAUUGGCAGUUGCCUUCAUCGAUGAAAAUGUCGGAGUCAAACGGAGCCCGUUAUACUUUAGUAUAUAUUAUUCCACUGCCAUGAUCGGGCCAGCACUCGGCUACAUUAUUGGAGGCAGGCUUCUCAAAACUUAUAUCGACAUCGGUCGAAAAAAUAGUACCCUCAACCAGGGUGAUUUAACGCCGGAGGACCCGCGAUGGUUAGGAGCCUGGUGGAUUGGUUUCCUCGUCACAGGAUCGGCCUUCAUCAUCCUGUCAAUUUUCUUAUGUGGCUUUCCAAGAGAAAUGCCAAGUCGGUUUGGAAAUAUCAAAUUUAUUUUGAAAAUUCAAAGAAAGAGGAGCAGUUUGGAGUCGGUGGACAAAAAAAGCGUCGACGCGGUGCACGAACCUGCCGACAUCUUCCACGCCCUCAAGACGCUUCUCUCAAAUCCUGCGUUCGAUUUCAUCACUUUUUCCGGUUGCAUGGAAGGUGCGUUGGUCGGCGGAUUUGUUCUGUUUGCGCCAAAGUUUGUCGAGGCCGCGUUUAACUUAUCUGCUUCCUGGUCUGGACAACUGAUAGGCAUAGCGACAAUACCAUCGGGAAGUUUGGGAAUUGUUAUAGGAGGCAUCAUCGUCAAAAAGUUUCAUCUGAGCGCCAUCGGUUCUCUAAAAUUUACUUUAGUGUUUCUUGGCAUCGCUCUGCUCCUAACGUUGUCUAUGUUGGUGCGGUGCGGAGAUAUUCUCUACGUGGGAAUCAGUCAUCCUUACCUUGACCAGGAAGUCACAAAUUCAAAAAUAAACUUGUUUUCUGGAUGCAACAAGCACUGCAACUGCUCUGGCAGCAUGUUUAGUCCCGUGUGUGGUCUGGAUGGUCUAACAUACGUGUCUCCCUGUCUCGCUGGCUGCCAGUCAAUGAAGGAAAUCAAAGAAAAAAAUGGCACUUGGAGGCUCUUCAUAAAGUGCACUUGCGUCGAAGACCGACUUGAACACAACAACAUUAAAACAAAAAAGCCCUACACACUCACCGAUGAUGUCACAGCAUCCGAUGGAACGUGCAAGAACAAAUGCAAUUCCAUCACCUUCUUCAUCAUUUUCUAUUCUCUCAUCAUCUUCGUAUCUUUCAUCUGCUGGACGCCUGUCUUGACGGCAACCCUGAGAUGCGUUGCAGAAAGACACAAGUCCCUAGCGCUUGGUCUGCAAUGGAUGAUAGUUAGGAUAGUCGGUAUGAUUCCAGCACCCAUGAUAUUUGGAGCGAUCAUCGACAGAGCUUGUCUCUUCUGGAAUAGAGACUACUGCUUCGACCGCACUGGCUCCUGCGCUAUAUACACAGGGGAAAUGAUGGGAAUCUAUUUUUUAAGCAUCGUGAUUACGUUGAAAACAUUGUCUUUCUUUUUUAUUUUAAUCGCUGCUAUUUGUUUGAAAAAAUCGAAAUUUAACUCAAAUAGAAAUAAAUGAUCUGAAAUAGGUUUUUGGUUUUUAAUAAUGUCGAUUGGAACAAUAAUACUCUUCAUCUUUUUAAAAGCCUUUCUACAAAUUUUUGAGCUGUUUAUUUAAAAAAAUUAAACUUUGUUCUCGUGUAUCCAUAAUUUUAUUUAAUGAUGUCUAUGCUUACAUCAUAAUAUAGUAUUAAAAAUUGUAAACAUAAACGACAGUUGCAAUUUAGCUGCGACGUUCUCAACUUUAACUUUUUUAGCUUUAUAACUUUCAAAGAACAACUAUUUUAAACAUA